CUUUAUUUAUCCUUUUAAAUUUUUAAUAUUCAUUUCUUCAUUUUUUUUUUAGAAAUGACUUGACAGCUAAUAACAGCAUUACCAUACAGUUUACAGAAAAUACCAUGCAUUUCACAGUCGGUAACUCCAAUCUCCCCUUAAAAUCAACCAAAGAAGUAGGUACUUCUUGUGAAGGUCUACAGCAAUUCAGAAAUAAAGAAACACAACAUCAAGAAACAGAAGAAGAAGAAGAAAAAGAAGAAGAAGAAGAAGAAGAAGAAGAAGAAGAAGAGCAAACGGCAGAACAAAUGGAAAUUGACAUUGACGGUGUUAUAUUGGAGAGGAUGAUUCAUAGACAAGAAGAGUUAAAAGAAGAGAAAGAAGAAAUUGAAAGACGCUUAACAGACUUACAAUCGAGAGUUGAUAACAUUGAACAAGAACUUGAGGAUAUCAUGUAUUUAAUGGAUUAACGGGAAAUUUUCGCAGUGCUUGUAUAGUUUGUAGAGUUACCUCUCUUUUCUCAUCAUUAAGUAAUUUAUCAUGAUUUAAAAACUUACCUUUUCCACUGAUGUCUAGAUGUGAAAUGAAAAAUACCUAUAUCUCAAAAAAGAAUUUUG